UGCUCUGGUUAGCUGGUGGGAUAUUGAAACCCAACUGUUCUUCAUCAAAUCUCUCCCUCUCUUUGUCUCGAUUUCCUCCUCCUUCUUUGAUCAGUUUUGUUGUUGUAGACGCCAUGGCGAGAAAGAAACAUUUCUCCCAAAGGUACCCAUCUGGAGGUCGUCCACCACCACCAGCAGCAGCAGCAAGUUCUAGUUCUGAUGCGGCGGCUAAGAAGAGGUCAUAUAGACGUAAACCAGGAACCAAAGCACUUCAUGAGAUACGAAAAUUGCAAAAGAGUAUUGAUCUGUUAUUGCCUAGAGCUCCAUUUGUUAGAAUUGUGAAAGAGAUCACGAACAAUUUUAGUAAAGAAGUUAAUCGCUGGCAGAAGCUUUAACGGCACUUCAGGAGGUACUUUGGCAUAUUGAAUUAUUCAAGUUAUUCAUUUAUGGUGGUGUAUGUGCAAUUUCAUUGCAUCAAAUGUGAUACAAAAUUGUAUCUGUUGUUGCUAUGAUAGGAUGUUUUAUAGAAAUCCUGUUUCUUCUUUCCUGUUUCUCUAGCAACUCCAAGGUGUUCUGGAUCAAAUUUGAUGGAUGUAAGAUUGUUUAACUUAGAACAAUUUUUCAAUUGAUCUAGUAAUACUACCCCGUUAUUGUUCUUCAUACCGCUAUAAGUAUCUGCAACCGAAGUGGAGGGGAAUCCGUAUACGAAGGGUGAGUUAAAAAUUUCUUGCUGGAUGGAUUGGUAAGAUCACUGUUAUCUGUUGUUGCUAAAGUCCUUGUGAGGUAGAUGCAAUUUGUCUCAAAUUCAAACUAAUUUGUUCUCUCAUGCUGGAUUCUUACUGGAGAAUGGCACAGUGCAGUCAUUAGGUCCAAAUAUGUUCAUGUAUUUCUCAACCAGGAUAUGAGCAAUGUGCUUUUGAUCAAUGGGGACACUGUUAGCCAAGUAUUGAGCAAUGUGCUUUUGAUCCACUCUGCCCUCAACGAGAAAACUAAAGUUGUUCCAGGCGCCUCCUAUUCCUUGAACAACAAUGCUAAAAACAGCAAAUCACUUUCUCAAGUGGAAGAUGUUGAUGCUAAAGCUGAUGUGCAAGGUAUCCAAAGCGACAAAGGAAAGAAGCCUACCUUUGAAAAAAUUAACCUGCAAGAGUUUUCUAAAGAUUAAUUCUGAACUCGUGUAGAUUAAUGAAUACUGUGGUAAAAAUGUGCUCCUACAAUGAAUCUGAUUACGAUUUUUUUUCUUUUA